GGCCACGCCAGUGCGGAAUAGUGAACCCCUGCGUCACCGUGUGCGGUUUUUCAGUGCGACUCCAAGUGUGUGUUUUCAGCCCGUGCGUUUCCGGGAUGCAAUAUCCCGCGGUCUGUGGCGUGUGGCGUGUGUGAAGUAAAUCCCCCGAAACAGCAAAAAUAAGCUCGAUAUUCUUAAUAUGUGAUUAAAAGGCAAGUGAGCGAUUUAAAACAAAAAAAAAAGGCGAAUCAUUUCCAAGUGUCCAUUACUCAGUGCAAUUUGUGUACCGUCAACAAGUGUAAUAACACAACACAGUGAAAAAGAAAACAAGUGAAAAUUUAAAACCUCUCCAUUAGCGGGCAAAAGGAGAUCGUUUGAGUGUUUAAGCGUGAAGCGUGUGAAAAGAGAGCAAGAAAGAAAGAGCGCGAAAAAGGAAAGUGUUGGAAAAAAUAAUCCCAUUUUUCACACGCAACUCCAAAACUUCCUUUUUUUGGUGCUUGCAGAGUGAACCGUGAAAUAAUCAUCACCAACACCAGCACCACCACGCAAAACAAAAGCUUUGUUUGGUGAGAUUUCUGGUCCACCCGUUCGGCACAUCGUACACCGUGGCGUAUUAUUGUUAUUAUAAUAUUCGGCUUUAAUUGGAUUAAAACCUCGGGCCCAUCGUGCGCCUGUUUGAGGGCAAAGCCACCGGAGCCGCGAGACAAACCUGCAUCAGCGCCAGCCAGCCAGCCAGCCCGGACGGGGGCGCACCAUGUGGGUCGUCCAGUGUGGGGUGUAAGCUGUACACGGAUGCUGUACGGUGUAUAACCGAAGCCCGAGCAACGGACCACGGCCAGCCCGAAGCUUUCGCUUCUAUUUAUUUUUGCUUUCUCCUCCACGUUCCCACGUACUCGCCUGGUUUUCGUCGCGCGUGGUCGAGCGUUGAGUAUGGAAGCGUUGUGAUUAUGGUACCGGCUGGUACACGCCCGGAAAAAGGCCAGUGUGCAUCGAGCGUAAACAAAGCCCGAGUGUAGUACGAACAGCAGUGCGAACCGCUUUCCCCGUGAACCGUGAAUAUUGCUCCAGCUGGCGUGAGAGAAUCCUGCAUGUAAUCCUUUGGAGAAGGAAGCAGGAAAAACGUACAUACACACACACACACACAUACAAGUUAGUACGGAUGCCUACGGGCAGGUCAUCCUUUAAAGGGAUGCGAUGAAAACUGUUGCCGAGAAAGCUACUCUAGCACAAGCGCCGGCUCGGUUGAGCGGAUGGAAAUAAGUACGUUCGUCGGCCCAGGUACACCGUACAAGCCAUGAUCCAUCGGUUGUUGCGUUGUGCAGGUGCAAGUGAACCAAAAACGCCAUCCCGUUUGAGUUUCAGUGCGUGUUUGGGUGUGUGGGUGUGUGUAAGUUUCUGUGUUAGUGUUGUGCAUUCAUCCACCUAAAAAAAGAAGCUUGUUGAUCAAGUAAAACUGAUUGCAAAUCCCUGCGAAACACAUUUGCUGCUGCUUGUUGUUAUUGUUGUGUGGUAAAAACGUGCACACUAACACUCCUCCCCGGGGACAUUCGAAACGGUGCUGCAUUUCAUAACUCCACCAUUCCUGCCUCCCUAUCGCCACCCACCCACUCAUCCCUUCUUUGUUUACGGCUUUCAAUGGUGAACCUCGUCGAGCAGACAGGCACAGACACGACGACGACGACGACGACGACGAAGCCACGAUCACCAUCGCCACCGGCCGAACCGGCGACAGAUGUGAGCAACCUCCAAACGAGCCUCUUUCCCUCGACUGUGCCAACGGUGGCCGAGGCGAACGCAGCCGACAGUCGGUUCCCACUGUUUCUGGAUCAGCCGGCAAGCUCCAGCGCACCGGACUCGGACAACGACGAUCGCAUAUCCACCAACGACCCGGCCGGUGAUGAUGGUGACGAUGAUGAUGAUGAUCAGAGCGGCAAACGGACCCACCAAGACAGUGCACUAGACAGGCCGCGAGAGACGCGCCGCGUUCGAGCGGCCAUUUCACCCGUGUUUCUUAACGGGGCGGUAAAAAAACGCUGCCUACGCCCGCCACAAGCAACGAACGCAUUGGCCAGCGAGCCACUGCUGGUGCAGUCCGACGAAGAGCCAGCCGAAACGGGCUGUGAAGCGAACGGUGUUGACCGCGAGCCGCACCACGACAUGACAUCGACCGUUGCUGCCGUGACAGCGGCCGCCAAUAAAGCCGUCGCCGCACUGAUGCAGUACCGGCAGCAGCAACAGCAGCAGCAGCAACAGCAGCAAUCACAACAAGCAUCAUCCACAAAUCAGAUGGUCCAGGGGAUGGGACCGUUUCCGGGCACGCCCGGGUUUCCACCGGGCGCCGCACAAACCGUCAGCACCGACAGUCUGUCCGUGCAGGUCGUCAAGGGUGCCACCGGAGCCGGCGGUGCUGGUAGUGCCGGAGGUGGUGGUGGUGGCGGUGGCGGCGGAGGAGGUGGAGCCGGCGCGUUAGAUCAACACUCGCUCAGCACGCUCAAGCAGCAGCAGGACCAUCUUACGCAGCAGCAGCAGCAACAGCAGCAGCAGCAUCAGCAGCACGCAGCGGUGGCCGCGGCCGCCGCCGCAGCAGCCGCCGCCGCCGCCCAGAUGAAUGCAGCCGCCACGACGCAAACGUUGCGAAAUUCCGUCAGUCAAUUCAGCCCCUCGUCAGUAUUGGGCGCCCCGCCAGCCACCUCGAUAGCGGUUUCGCUGCCCCUAUCGCUCCCCUCCACGAUGGUGAGUGGGGCCGGCUCGGCGGGCAAUGGUGUCGGAGCCGCGGCCACCGGUAUGGCCGCCGUCAUGAACGCAAACGGUGGAUCACCGGGCGUCCCCACCAACGUCAACGCCAGCAGCAACGGGGGCGGCGCAGUGUCGGGUGGAACCGGCGCUGGUGUCAACGGGAACCCGGCAGGCAGUGGUCCCAACGGUACCGUGGCGCUUUCGAACGGGAUUGAUCAACAGACUGUCAACAUGUCCGAGCUAAUGCAGCAAUCGGAGCAGGAAACAUCCAACAACGUAUCAAGUGCCAACACUGUGGACGCCGCCUCCUCGGUACUGAGCAGCGUCAGCAGCAACAACAGCAGCGGUGUCACCAACCAAACGAAUGCCGCCAUCGCCAUCGCCGCCGCCGCCGCCGCCGCAGUCAAUUCGAUAAGCAGCAACACCAGCCCGAACAGUGCGAUCAACACGAGCAAUAGCGGCAACAACGGCAGCACGGUGAACGGCAGCAGUAGCGGCGGCAGCAUCGGGAGCAGUAUGGUCGUGACCGCUGCCGGACCGAUCGGCGCCGGCACUACGACCGUCGUGUCGGCCAUCCCACCCACCAUGACCUCUUCCGCGUCUGCGGUAGCGCUCGCCCAGCAGCAGCUUCACCAGCAGACGCUCCAAGCUCAACUGCAGCAGCAACAGCAGCAGCAACUCAAUGGCCAACAAACGAACCAGCAGCAGCAGGUGGUUGUCAGCAGUCAGCAGCAGUCACAGAGCGUGGCGGCGGCCGUCGCAGCACUGACCGACUCGAAAUCUCAACCAAAGCGGCUACACGUGUCCAACAUACCCUUUCGCUUCCGCGAUCCGGACCUUCGAACAAUGUUCGGCCAAUUCGGCUCCAUACUAGACGUAGAGAUUAUCUUUAAUGAACGUGGCAGCAAGGGAUUCGGUUUUGUAACAUUCGCUAAUAGUAGCGAUGCGGAGCGAGCACGCGAACGUCUUCACGGCACUGUGGUUGAGGGACGCAAGAUUGAGGUCAAUAAUGCAACCGCACGAGUUCAAAGUAAAAAAGCUCCUGCUGUAUCAAGCGUGUUUCUGACGAAACAAGGCGCCGUCUCGGCCCCGUCACUGGCAGCCGUCUGCGUCCCGUGGCCCGAAGCAGGCAUACCGGCCCAUCCCGCCCUGCUCCAUCAUCAGGCACUCGCGCAGCAUCUGUCGCAUCACACACUGUCCCUGCCGCACCAUCUCCACCACCAGCAACAGCAGCAGCAGCAGCAGCAGCGACAUCCGGCACUAGCCCUUCAUCUACCUCACCAAGGAGCGCCCCAGCUGACGCCCCACCCGAUGGCAUCGGUGAUUGCCGGGCUGGCCAGAAACGCGGCAACCCCGGCGAGACAUCCAUCGCUCGCCAACCUGCCCGGGCUGGCGAACGGUACAAACGCGCCCGGUUCUACAGGUAGUGGGGGAGCGACGAACGCAACCGGAAACCCCAGCGCUGCUGGUGCUGGUGCUGGUGGUGCUGCGGCUACCGGAAACAUAGGUCCAGCCGGAUUGCUUUCCAGCCACCCGGCAGCAGGAGCAGCAGCCGCAGCAGCAGCAACGUACGCCCAGCUGAAUGGUGCCGCUGCCGCCGCCGCCUACCAGUCUGUGUACUUCGACCCGUAUCUGGCAGCAGCAACAGCGGAUCCCAACUAUCGCCUGCAGGCUGCUAAACCGGUGACGGAGGUUCAAGCACAACCUACCAUUUUGAACGCUGCUGCGCCGCUGCUGAAAACGCCACUGUCGCAAGCGCAGGCCCAGGCGCAGGCUUACUCCGCCGCCAGCUAUACGGCUGCAGCGGCACGGGCCGCCUACGGGGCGGCCGCUGCUGCAGCGCAACCCACCGUGGCCGGCUACACCACCGUCGCUGGUUACGGACGUGCGGAGUAUCCCGAUCCAUACCUGGGACACGGUAUCGGACCCGUUCCUGGCUAUGCGGCAACAAUGUACCGAGGAGGAUACAACCGUUUUGCGCCAUACUAAGGUGCCCGCUGGCACCACUUACGCAUACACAUACACAUACACACACAGCUUCCUUACUGGCUCCAUGUAUGCAGCAGUCAAACGGAGAGCAACAACAAAAAAAAGCCCCCAACCAACAAAAAAGAGCCAAAGCAAAAGGCGUGCGUGCUUCGUAAGCUUGAAAACGUGCGCUCCAACUCCCCACCCAACCCAAAUGCCCCACGGACAAGCGUUUGUUUGGAGGACGAGAAGCUUCCCCCGCCCUGUACACGAAAGCUAGUUGGAAAGGACACCGAGGAUAGCAGCCCCCCGCUCAUCAACGCUUUCCUUCAUUUGCUCGGGUUGAUGUACAAAAGGACAAAAUUGGAAGCCGCUCACUCUCUUCCUCUCAUCCACUUUGAGUUUGAUGAUUUCGUUGGCGUAGCUCCAUCCGCACAAUCAUACCGAACGACGACGUGUUUAAACUACAAGUUUCAUUGAUUUUGCUCCCUUCACUAUCCUUUUUUGGAACGUAGUAAGGAGAGAGGAAGAGAAGGCACACAAAAAAAAACGCACAACAAACCCCCAAAUGCAGCUAGCGGGGAGCGCAAAAGAAACAAACAAAAAAGUAACAUCGAAACCAAAGCACAACAAUGGGAAGGUUUGUGUAAGUGGCCCCGUGCCGCGCUUUCCUUCUCCGUUUCAGGGAGAAAAUAAUGCACGCACAGAAACAAACACACAUAAGCAUAAGCAUAAGCAAGGUGUAUCAUGAAGAACAGCACAAGAAGAAGAAAAAACCGCGUCUUCCCCAUUUGCGCAAACCACGCAAGCCCUUGAAAAAGGGCGGCGCGCAUCAGUGCGGGCGUUCAGCAAGAGUGAGGUGUGAAGAAGGAGGAAUGUGUGACUCAAAACUAUGCGAUUAGUGAUUACAGUGUGUGUGUGUGUUUUUUUUUUCGUCUAUAAUGUGUGUAUUUUGUAAGCAGUUAGUUUAGUAGUAAUAUUCGGUAUUGUUGUUUUGUUUACGCUUUUUUUUUUUCGUCGUCGUGCGUGCGUGUCCUCAAGCAGUAGGAUUAGUUUACCCCUCUCUUUUGGGGGUAUAUUCAGAUACUAUAUUUCGUUUCGUUUUUUUUUCUUUUUCUUUGAAAUAUCGAGCUUCUGUUUCUAUUUACUUUCCUUUUUUUGUCGCUGGAGUUAUAGUUACUCUCGCGCAAAGGCAGCUCUCUAAAAAAUGUGCAAACAAAUGGCAAAAAGAAACCCCUCAAUCGCCAUUGCAACAACGGGAAAAUAGUUCGAAUAAUCUCACAGACCGCUUUCUUUUUGCUGAUAUUUUGAAACACCAAAGAAACGUGGCAACAAAUGCGCACACACAGUCGGCAAAGUGUGGCUUAUUAGCCCACACAAAUAUUAUCUCAAAACCAAGAAUCUCCUUUGAAUAUCUCUUUCUGUUGUUCUAACGAUGGUUUAUAUUAUAUUCGCCUUGUAUAGCCGGCAAGGUUUUCCCUCACAUGAAUUAAGUAACUUUGUGUGAAUGUGCUUUUUCUGUAUGAGUGUGCUUCUUUUUUUUUGCUUUUUUCUCUCUCUAAACUCCCUUGAGUUUACAAGUUUCGCUUGAAACUUGGAAGUAACGCGAAAAAAACGCUUCUAGUAAUACUCUGUUCGGCGCGAUAAAGGUUAGGUCGUGAGUUUCCUCAAUUUAUACACACACUCAAAGAUAAAGUUUAGCUGUAAAAACAAAAGAAGCUCAAUUUCUACAAGGAAAAACAAAAACAAACUUCUCAAUCGAGUCAUACUCGCCUCCAACAAGAAUUACGGCAUACGCAUCCUCACGCACAACUAGUUCUCGUCGGGUUCCUUUCCUCUUCGGUUUUCCGAUAGUUAUUACUGUGUGCUAGCAAUUACAAAAGGAAACAUGUGAUAAUGAGUACACCUCCCGCUUCCCCCCCCCCUUACCAAUAUCAACACAUCUUCCGUAUUUAUUCUUCCAAUGAACGAAAAAAAAGCAAGUAAAACCGCGCACAAUAGAACAAAAUGAUCACGCACAGUAUACGUAGAACUUUGUUGUUUGGCUUUAGUAAUGUUAUAAAUGUCACUGGUAGUUUUGAUUGUGUUUUCCCCCAACCCCUCAAAACAAAUCACCUCGUUUUUUGCGCACCCAGAAAAUCUAAGUUUAGCUCUCUCGGUUGGCUUCCAAAAAUGUGUAUUUGUGGACAAUACGCUGCGAUACGCGUGUAAGAGUAAUGACACGAGUCCUCCAGAACUAGUUUAGCCAUAGGUCCUUUACCAAAAAAAAAAAAAACAACUCAAAUUGUCGUCCGUACCACGACGAAUGAUCCACGAAUCCACAAAUCAAGCGCUCAAGUGAACCGUUUAGUCAAACGUUUUGUGCAAAGUUGUGAUGCAGAUGCUCCUUUAACUACACAAAACACACGCGCGUUUAUAGAUAUAUGUGAAUGGCAGAAGGAAACGCGAUUUAGAGAUACUUUAGUGUUGCCUCCCCCCGCACGAACCCGUUGUAGCGCUGUAAGCGAAGGCGUGAAUCCCAAAGUUGUAGAAAAGCAAAAGGCUCAUUAACUCAAGCAGGAGAAAAAGCAAAGCGAAUGUAAAGGGGAUACGAUAGGGAGAUGGUGCAUGGAGGGAAAGCGAAGAAAACGGAAAGGUAGAAAUGGUGUAAUUUUGACAGAAAUCUGUCGUUUCUAAGAAACCCCAAAACCGCGCCAAUUCAAUGUAACACGCAAAGGAGUAGAGAGAAUGUAGAAUAUACAUACGGAGCUGUAUAUGUAAAAGAAAACGCAAAAUUUACCCCCCCUUUUUACGCACUCAUUUUCUGUGACUGUUUUGCAGGGAGCCAAAAAUGUCAAUGUAUGUAUGUGUGUGGUGUGUUUUUUUGUGUUUUAUUUGUGAAACUUCACUACCAAGCAGUGAGGGCGGCAUUCACAGUGUAAUUCAAAACACACACACACACACACGCGUGCACACAGAAAGAAUAGAGAAUCCAAAGCCAUUCAACGCGCCCCUUUUAGUGUACUAGAGAGACAGAGAAGAGCGAUACCGUAUAUGAUAGUAAAGUCUCUUUUUUGUGGAAGAGAAUGGAACGAAACGAGAAAAAAACGGGAAAAAAACAUGCAAGAAAAGUAAAGCACAAAGUAAACAAAACACACAACAAAAGGAGGAAAAAAGAAGUAAAGAAAAAAAAGGAAGCAAAACAAAACGCCGAAACGAGAAGAAGAAACACGAGUUCGAGAGCAAACAAAACUAUACAAAGCAAAACAAAGCACACUGAAACAAAUAUCGUCAAACAGCGUCUCUUAAAGGUGAACGCAGGCCAUAUUAAUCAUUAGUCGGCAGGCGACAAAACAGCACACCAUGCAUCUCGGCGUCUCCCUCUACCCACAUUCUCUGUCUCCUUUGCUCUGGGGGGCUGGGAUCGUUGCGUGUUGUGGUUUUGCUGUUUGUGCCCGCAAUUAUCAUAUUUUGUUUUUAUUCUCUUUUUUUAAACUUUACUAUUUUAUCGUAAUUUUAAGAUACAAAAAAAAACGCAAGUGUGUAGUAGAUUUGUAAGUCACAAUUCUCUUUUCUUUUAGAGCGUGCGUUGCGUAUUCACGAGAAUGGAUCGCUUUUGUUAGUCAGCGUUUCAAAAUCCCUUCCCUUCUUAUCUUCUUCUCAAUUUCACGUUCUCUUUCUCCUCUUUUUCUUUUUCUUUUUUUUGUUAUAUUUCAAACGAGCUUCUCAUAUCUCAUAAUAAAUUUCGCCACUAAAAUAAGCUUGUUUUUUGAUACAUCCAUCGCUAACAGUGUAAUUAGUUCGAUCGAGCUUAAUGUAUUUUCGAGGGCAACCUUACAAUUUUGGUUUGAUUUGUGUACUGCUUUUGUAACAAAACAAAAAAAGAAAACCCAAUAAUUACUAAUAGCAGUAGCAGUGGCCACCAAACGGCUUCAAACUAUUGCGGCUUCAAACCGUUCCGCCCCUCCGCCGCAUCCCCCUACAAAGCCAUCACAUCUCGAUGGCGUGUUUGUGAAAGUAGCUUUAACAACAGUACACAUACCAAGUUUUAGGCGCAGCACGGUGUGAAAAAGGCAUCGUUUUCACUUCCCCCACUACCCCCUCGUUUUAUCUGGGCGGGGGGGGGAAAGAAAUGGCUCAAAAACAAAGUAAAAACAUUAUUACCGUUUAGUAGUAGUAGAAGCAGUAGUAGUAGCAGUAGUAGUAGUAGUAGUAGAAGUAGUACAUCUACGCGCUGCUACACACUCUACUAGGCUGUAGGGAUGAAAAAUUAUAAAGACUUAUGCAACAACAACAAAAAAGAAAUAAAAGAAAGCAAAGCGACAAAAGAGGAGUAGAAGAGGAGGAGAAAACAAAACAAAAAAUCAUACAAAUUGAUUGCCACCGCCGCAUCCACCUAAUAAUAACUUCCUUCCCUAUUCAUUCACUUCUCCCCCGUGGUUCUGUGUAAUAGUAAUAAUAAUAUUAAUAAUGAUAAAAAUAAUAAUAAUAAUGAUAAUUAUAAUAGUAAUGCAUAGUCUUUGCUUGCGUGCAAGGGAAGAGGAGAGCGUGAAGAAAACACAAAAGAAACAACAACAAAAAAAGAAUCGAUAUAUUGAAAUAUAAUGAAGAUUAUCUCAGAAAGAAUGCACACACACACAAGACAUAAAUAACAAAAAGAAUAAAGAACCCAAAACCAAGAAAACAUAAGGCAAAUCUUAGUAGCAACACACCAUUUUGGAAAAAAAGGAGGAGAAGGAGAAGGGUCGGAAGGAAGAAAAGAGAAAGAGAAGGAAGGUGAUAGAACACUGAAACAACAACAAAAAACGUGAAAGAACAAAAGUAAAAAAGAUCGCUCUCUGCUCUUCUAUCAUACGCUACACAACACACACAAUGGAAAGGCAGAGGGGCAGAGAAGAAACGAUAAAUUUUAAGAAGAUUAAAACAUACACAACCACACGAGAGCGAGAUGGGGCAAAACUGCAUCAUUCACUCUCGUUUUCGCCAAAUUAUUAUUAUUAAUGGAAAAGAGAAGAAAAGAAAAGAAGAGAAAACACUACAACACUACACACAUAUACACACACACAAUGGUAAACAACACGCAAAUACACGAAACAGCAAAUGAGCAUAAAACGAAAAAAAGGUAUAUAAAUUUAUUCUUACUCAAUAGUGUUUAAAUGGUGAAAAAUAGGGCAUUUCUGGUUAAAGUAGGAAAAGCAAACAGGAACAGAAAAAAAACGGGGAAAAAGUUGGUUGCAAAUCUGAAGGAAAAAUAAACUGUGAAAAUGCAGUUGAUCAAGGCGAAAGGAGAAAACAAUAACACAAGAAGAAUGGGUGUGUGUGAUUGAAUGUGGGCUUUGAAUUUUGGUUUAAACUUUCACAACAAGAUAACAAAAAGCAACAGAUGGAAGCUAAAUGAAAUUGCGAACAAAACAAAGAGAAAAGAUAACAUAAAAAUAGAGAAAAGAAUAAAGAAACAACAACAACAAAAGCAAAUUUAAUCGAAACUACAUUAAACAGAUGAAUCAACUCGUAAAGAGAAAUAGAACCAACUGCAAAACCAAAACCACAACAAACAAGAAAGUAAGCACACUGUAGAGAGCCACCAGGUCAAUGUAGAGUUGCAAAUAGCUGCCAUCUUCCCUACUCUAUGUAGAGUGAAGAAAGAGUUUUUAAUUUGCCCCUUAAAGACACACACACACACACACCCACACACAAACCCACAGUUUUAGAAGAAGAAAAAAUGAAGCAAAAAGAACGAUGAAAAUGCACCCCCACCACCACUUCAGCCACUUCAUAAACAACUACAAAAAAUGGUAGCAAAGAGCAGUAAAUGCAGUAAUAGUGUAAGUAAGUGAAGCUAAAACAAAAACAAAACAAAAACAAAAGAAAUCCGUAACAAGAAAGUCCAAACAAAUAAAAGAAAUCCAAACAAACGAAAAAAAAGAACGCAACAAAACCAAGAUAAUGUUCAAUAGAAAAAGCAUAAACAAGCAUAGUGAAAGGCCAUGCCAAGAUAGAAGGAUAGAAGGUAAGGCGGUAAAAUAUUUGCAACUAGAAACUUUAAAACCAAAAAUGAAAAUGCUAAAACACAACAGUAGGGAUGAGAUACAAAAAAAAACAACCAGUUUGUUCUGUAAA